AUGCCACGACAUUCCCGUUCUAGAAGUCGGUCCCGUUCCCCACAUAAAAGAAAAAAGCAUUCACAUAGACAUGAAAGAACUCGGAGUCGGGAGCGUGCUAAGGACGUUACAAGUGAAAAAUCCAAGGAUCGAAGUCGAAGUAGAGAUAGACGCAGCGGGCGUGACAAAGAUCGCCAUAAAGACGAUAGAGAACACAAACGCUCCCGGCACUCGAAAAGUGAAAUUGAAAAGGAGGAUGUACAGCUGAGGGUACAAAAUUCAAAAGAGAAUGAAGAAAAAAAAACGCGAGCUGUUAGCUCAGCGGACAGCACGAUUUCACAAGAAUCUAAAAUUAUCGCGAGAUCUUCAGGCGCUAUUUUACCCGGGGCUUUAUCUGAAGAACCUCGAAAUAACGCGACUGGGGAAGGUACUAAUGGAGAUUCAGACACACAAAUGCAUGCUACAAAUCAAAAGCCAGUUGAUUCGACUACGUCUGCGACAGUGGCAGCCCUACUCGAUCAAGAAGAAAAAAUUCGGCAAAGAAGAGAACGAGUUGAGCAAUGGCGAAGAGAAAGGGAGGCUGUGAAAAUGGCUGAGGAAGCAGCUAAAAUAAAGAUGGCUGCAGAUACUAGUCAAUUAUCAUCUGUUAAUGAGGAAGAAAUGCAACAAAAUCAAAACAAAGGUUGGACUUUAGAUGAUGAAGAAGAAGAUGAAGCAAUGGAAGUAGAUGGUGCUCCAGAUACUGUGGAUUUGAUGCCAAUACCAAAACCAGUAGAUAAAACUGAUUCAUCAUUAUUUCCAGUUAGAAGAAAUCCUCUGCUUGGACUUGGAAGUAAGAAAACUACAAGUGUUAAAGGAAAAGCUAAAGCAGGGCCUGGUGAAGAUGAGGAAAAACAUUCAACGUCCACGAAAGCCCAAACCUCGACGGACUCUGGCAACCAAUCAAUGCAAACAAAUAACGUAGAUGAAGAAGAUCCGUUGGAUGCUUUUAUGAAAGAUGUUGAAGUCGAAGUGGAAUAUUUGAAUGAGCAAGACAAAAAACGUGCUAAACAGGCGGCAAAAGGAAGGAGCAAGCUUGAAAAACUGGAAAAUGUUCAAGAGGAAGAUUAUGCAGAAGAGGAAUUUGGAAGUGACCCUGAAGACAUCCUAGCUUUGGCAGCUAAAAAACUCAAGAAAAAAGACCUAGCUGCAGUAGAUCAUACACAAGUCAAGUAUGAACCUUUCCGCAAGGACUUCUACAUUGAACCUCCAGAAAUGCACGACCUAACACCUGAUCAAGUUGAUCUUAUUAGGGUUGAAUUAGGAGGUAUCAAAAUUCGGGGAGUUGAUUGCCCGAAACCAAUUCAAAAAUGGACUCACGCUGGAUUACCUGCUGCAUGUUUGCAUGUAAUAAGAAGGUUAAAUUUCGAGAAGCCAACGCCAAUCCAAUCUCAGGCCAUCCCUGCUAUUAUGGCUGGUCGCGAUGUUAUAGGUGUUGCCAAAACAGGAAGCGGUAAAACAAUAGCUUUUCUUCUUCCAAUGUUUCGACAUAUCAAGGAUCAACGUCCACUUGAGCAAAUGGAAGGGCCUAUAGCCAUAAUCAUGACACCCACAAGAGAAUUGGCAGUGCAAAUACAUAAAGAAUGCAAACACUUUUUAAAAGGAUUAAAUCUUCGAGCUGUAUGCGCUUAUGGAGGUUCACCAAUUAAAGAUCAAAUUGCCGAACUUAAACGUGGUGCUGAAAUUAUUGUUUGCACUCCAGGGCGCAUGAUUGACCUUUUGUGCGCAAAUUCGGGACGAGUCACUAACUUGAAGCGUGUUACUUAUCUGGUAUUGGAUGAAGCAGAUCGGAUGUUUGAUAUGGGAUUUGAGCCUCAGGUCAUGAAAAUUGUCAAUAAUGUCAGGCCUGAUCGUCAGACAGUGUUGUUUUCUGCAACAUUUCCUCGUCAAAUGGAAUCUUUGGCUCGUAAAGUUCUUAAAAAGCCACUUGAAAUUACAGUUGGUGGACGCUCUGUCGUUGCCCAAGAUGUAAAUCAAAUAGUUGAAGUACGCGAGGAUAAUACUAAAUUCGUUCGUUUACUUGAGAUAUUGGGACAACAAUAUAAUGAUGACCCAGAUGCCCGAACUUUAAUCUUUGUUGAUCGUCAAGAAGCAGCAGACAAUCUUUUACGUGACCUAAUUCGCAAAGGUUACCCAUGCAUGUCACUGCAUGGUGGAAAAGACCAACUAGAUCGAGAUAGUACUAUUGCAGACUUCAAGUCUGGGGUAUGUCAGCUGUUAAUUGCCACAUCUGUCGCCGCGCGUGGCUUAGACGUUAAGCAAUUAAAGCUUGUUAUCAACUUUGAAUGUCCAAACCACAUGGAAGAUUAUGUACAUCGUGUUGGCCGAACAGGAAGGGCAGGUAAUAAAGGUACUGCGUAUACAUUUAUUACCCCUGAGCAAGAUCGGUAUGCGAUGGAUAUCGUUAAAGCGUUGAAAUUAAGUGGAGGACAUGUGAGCCCCGAAUUGCAGCAGCUUGCUGAUGGUUUCCAAGAAAAAGUCAAAUCAGGCAGUGCCACGUAUUCUGGUUCCGGUUUUGGAGGUAAAGGUCUCGAGAGAUUGGACGAAGCUCGUGAUCUGGUCAAAAAAGCCCAAAGAAAGACAUACGGUGACGGCGACACAUCUUCCGAAGAGGAGGCAGAGGAGGAAGAAGAACAUCUAAUACAGCAAUCAAAGAAGGAAGAAAUUAGUGUUGGUUCUGCUAUAAUUCCUUCAAAGAGUGCAAUGGCUGCGCUUCCCACUUCUGCGAAUGGUCAUUCUACUGAUCCAGCUGCGCUUGCCGCUCUUAGAGCUGCUCAAGAAGCUGCUGCUCGUGUAAACGCAAAGAACGUCGGUGCAAGCGGUGUCCAAAGAGCAAAAGAUAUAAUCGCAGAUAUUAAUGCUCGUUUUAAAGAAAAUUCUGUACAAGGCACUGUUGCCGAAGCAGAUAAAGCCGAAAAUGCUGCCGAAUAUUCUGUUGAAAUAGAAAUCAAUGAUUACCCACAAAAAGCAAGGUGGAAGGUUACUAAUAAGGAGCAAAUUUCUCAAAUUACCGAACUCACAGGAGCCGCUAUCACGACGCGUGGCACCUACUUUCCACCUGGUCGCCAGCCUGCACCCGGGUCUGGCGAAAGAAAACUCUAUUUAUUUGUUGAAGGUGAAAACGAAUACGUUGUUGAAAAAGCCAAGAAUGAAAUAAAAAGAAUAUUGACCGAGACAACAUUAAGUGCUAUAGAAGCAGAGGCACGGAAUCCCGGAAGUACAUCUUUGGGUGGAUAUGGCAAGUAUUCGGUUGUUUAA